AUGGACGAUGGAUUUGCAUUGAGAGACGAAACAAUUCGUCUUCUAGCAGCAAGAGUGAAGGAGUUGGAACAAGACAAGAUUCAGAGAGAAAGUUGGCCAUUCCAGUUUGGUGAAGCUGAAACCGGAUAUGCUUCCGGAGGGAGAAGAAGAGAUAAGGAUGGUGAUGAAGAGGCUGAGAUGCAUGGUGAUAAGGAGGGUGAUGAAGAGACUGAGAUGCAUGGUGAUAAUGAGGGUGAUGAAGAGACUGAGAAGCAUGGUGAUAAUGAGGGUGAUGAAGAGGCUGAGAAGCAGGGCUUGGAUGAUUAUAAGGGUGAUAAGGAGGGCGAGGACAAUGGUGACAAGGAUGGUGAUGCGGCAGAGGCUGAGAAGGAUGGUGAUGAGGAAGAGGCUGAGAAAGAUGGUGAGAAACAGAUCGAGGCAGAGGCUGAGAAGUUGAUGCAAGAUACUGAAGAGAGAUUUGAUGAUGAUGGAGAUGAGCAAUCUACACUUCAAAUUAUGGCAGACACUGCAGAGAGAUUUGAGAAGGCUGCUGCGGAAAAAGCUGCUGCGGAUAAGACAAAUGAGGUUGUAGAUGAUGAUGAUGCUUUGGAGAAGGAACGUGAGGUUGGAGUUGAUGUUGCUUUAGAGGAGGCAGCUUCGGUUGGAGUUGAUGAUGCUUUAGAGGAGGCAGCUUCGGUUGGAGUUGAUGAGAUGCCAAAGAGGGUGUCCAAGCGUUCUCAUUUGUUGAGGUCUCCUUUUACGCCAAACUGA